AUGGUGAACUGGCUGCGAAUUAGUGCGGGUUGUGCUAAAACUAUUCUAUUGAUAUUAAAUGGAUUGGUUAUAUUGGUGGCACUAAGCGUCUUCGGGUUCGCCGUAGUUGACACCAGGGUGCUAAAGCAGUAUGGUGAUGAGUACGCAGCAGGCACCUAUGCUGGUGAUGUGGUUGUCAUCGUGGGAAGUCUUCUACUUGUUACCAUAGCCGUGUUUGGAUGCGUCGGCGUACUGAGGAAUAAUGUUAAGGUGCUUUAUUUGUACGUUGGACUAUUGUUAAUUGUAAUGAUAUUGGAGUUAAUGAUUACAAUAUUCGUGGCCAUACAACGGUACGGGCUAGAGUUCAGAGUGACCGAGUACAUCAGGGAAGAUUUCUAUCGCAAUGUGACGAUCGAUGAGAAGGCGUUACAUGAGAAACAUUGGGAUAAGCUGCAGACUACAUAUGAAUGCUGUGGCCUCAACGGUCCUGAGGAUUAUGAAGCGACCAAGCAGCCCAUCAGUAUGUCGUGCUGUCCACGCGCAUACCGCGCCAGGAAUGCUUAUGCUCAAGAACAACUUUACAAGGCGUGCCUUGUUUCCGCCAGCUACUAUAGUGAUGGUUGUGAAGAUGAGAUCUUAGGCAUGUUGAGAUCAGAUGCUGAAUGGUUGCUGGGCGCCGCUGUACUGAGCAUUUGGUUUGAGGCAGCGGGCAUGCUGUUAGCCAUGUUCAUUGCAAACCACACCAAGAACAGCGUCCAAGUGUACAGAGACACCGUCAAGUAUUAA